AUGGAGACUAAGGUGGCUAGCACCAGAAAAGACCUUGGUGGUUCGCUCCCAGUUAAGAAUGUACAAAAACUAGCUUCUAAUAACUUGAAAGAAAUCCCACACCGAUACAUCAGACCUGAACUUAAUCCUGAUGAAGUUUCAGUUGAUGAAUCUUUACAAAUUCCAGUCAUUGAUAUGAGCAAGCUUGCAACAGACCAUGUAGAUAACCAAAAUGAAAUGGCAGAACUUCACCAGGCAUGCAAAGAAUGGGGUUUCUUUCAGUUAAUCAAUCAUGGAGCAACAGCAGCAAUCGAGAAAAUGAAGGUUGUCGUAGAGGACUUCUUCAAGCUGCCAUUAGAGCAGAAGAUGAUCUAUGCACAACUGCCAAUUGAUCUUGAAGGGUAUGGUCAAGCAUUUGUCAUAUCGGAGGACCAAAAGCUCGACUGGGGUGACAUGCUCUUCCUUUACUCCUUACCAACCUCCCAAAGAAAUAUGAGAUUCUGGCCUAACAAUCCAAAAUCUUUCAGAUCAACCUUGGAUGAAUACUCAACUGAAUUGCACAAAGUCUGCAUGAGUCUCUUUAAUCUCAUGGCUAUGAAUCUUGGAUUGGAUGCCAAAAAAAUUAGCAGCUUGUAUGAAGAUUGUGUUCAAGGAAUAAGAAUGAAUUACUACCCACCAUGCUUGCGAGCAGACAAGGUUAUUGGCCUUGCUCCUCACUCUGAUGCCACAGGACUGACCUUAUUAGUUCAAGUGAAUGAAGUUCAGGGCCUACAGAUCAAGAAAAACAGUAAAUGGGUGCCCAUUAAACCCAUUCCGGGAGCCAUCAUCAUCAACAUUGGUGAUGUCAUGGAGAUACUGAGUAAUGGGGAAUAUUGCAGCAUUGAACAUAGAGCUGUUGUGCAUUUCCAGAAAGAAAGACUUUCAGUUGCCGCAUUUCACAGUCCUAAUAUCUGUGUAAAAAUUGGUCCUCUACCUGAUCUUGUGAAAGAAAAUGGAGCAAAUUACAAGACCUUACAGCACGAGGACUUCAUAAGACUGGUUAUUUCCAGGAAACUUGAUGGAAAAAGCUUGCUGAAAACCAUGAAAAUCAGUAAAUAA